UUCACUUUCAAACUCAGUAAAUGCUGCAAGAGGAAAGCACUUUUAUCAGUGUGGAACAACAGGAUUCUUUAAAAAAUAAUAAUAAUAAAACUGGCUAGAAAAGGCUCUGAUCAAACUGCAGCUAUUUUAUAUCCAGAAGUAGUAGCUGGGGAUCUUGAGAAAAUGAAAUAACUGAUAUUUUAAGGACUGUCUGGACAAAGCAUGAGGAUUUCAGAAGCACAGACCGCACCCUAAACACCAUGAAACGUCUCAGAAGGAUCAAUCAGAUCAAGUUACACUGAGAUGAAGGGUCUUUCAAUCUGCCACAGCUUCAUAACCAGCUCCUCUCUACCUGAUUUCAUCAUUUUCUUCAUUACAUUUUAUGUUCAGAAGCUGGAAUCAGCUCAGUUCACAGUGAUUGGACCUGAUCAGCCUGUCACUGCCAUUGUGGGUGAGGACACUGUGUUGCCCUGUCACCUGUCCCCCAGGAUGAGCGCUGAGAACAUGGAGGUGAGAUGGUUCCGGUCUGAGUUCACUUCAUUUGUGCACCUGUAUCAGCAUGGGCAGGAUCAGUAUGGGCAGCAGAUGCCAGAAUAUCAUGGAAGGACAGAGUUUUUGAAAGCCGGCAUCAUGGAUGGGAAUGUUGCCUUGAAGAUUGUGAAUGUCAGACAGUCUGAUGAAGGAAAGUACCGCUGUUUUGUUCAAGAUGGUGUCUUUUAUGAAGAAGCUGUAUUGGAACUGAAGGUAGAAGCUUCAGGCUCUGCACCUCAAAUCUCUGUUGAGGGUUAUCAGGAUGGAGGGAUCCAAAUGGUGUGUCAGUUGGCUGGAUGGUACCCAGAGCCCGAGGUGCUGUGGAGAGAUCGCAGUGGGCAGCUUUUAUCUUCCUCUACUAAAACAAAAUCCAAAGAUGGACGUGGGCUCUUUGAAAUAAAAAGUUCUAUCAUUAUAACAGAAAGUUCAAACCAGAAUUUAUCCUGUUCUAUAAGAAACGCUUACUUCAACCUAGAAAAGGAACCCUCAACUUUUUAUAUAUCAGGGAAACAUCUCAACACUAUCAGUAAACUUCAAGUGGACCUAGAGUGGAGGAGAUCCCUAAGUGAUGCAGCGCAUGUGACUCUGGAUCCAGACACGGCUCAUCCCCAACUCGUCCUGUCUGAGGAUCGGAAAAGUGUGAGACGUGAAUACACACGGCAGCGACUGCCCAAGAACCCUGAGAGAUUUGACACUGUGCCCUGUGUGCUGGGCUGUGAGGGAUUCACCUCGGGGAGACAUUGCUGGGAUGUGGAGGUGGGGGCUGGGGGAUACUGGGCUGUGGGGGUGGCCAGAGAGUCUGUGAAGAGGAAGGGAUGGAUCAGCCAUAGCCCUGAGGGGGUGAUCUGGGCUGUGCAGCAAUGGGGGGAUCGGUUCCUGGCUCUGACCUCCCCUGUGACCCCCCUGCCCCUGCCCCGGGCCCCCAGCAGGAUCCGGGUUUGUCUGGACUGUGACCGGGGGCAGGUGACAUUUAUCGAUGCUGGUGACGAGGCCCCGAUCUUCACUUUCCCGCCGGGCUCCGUCCCUGGGGGGAGAAUCCGACCCUGGUUCUGGGUGGGGCCACGAUCCCGGCUCAGCCUGUGUCCCUGAGACACACAGCAGAAGGGGGAACUGGAAAUCAGCCUCUCUAGCCACACACAGCCCAGUCUCUAUGACCUUGGAGGACUCCCAUCUAUCCAGCUUCUGGCUCCUCAUCUCUAUGGCCCGUGGAAGCUCCUCCCCCUCCCUCCCUUCAGCCCCAGGGAUGCAAGGGGGCAAGGCCCCCUGGAGCUGCAGGAGGGGCA